GUCAACGUCAGGAAAAAGAGCUUGCUCUGCUAUACUCAUCCUUAUUUCUAAUUGUUCGCGAUCAUCCUUGAAUCAGGAGAAAAUGAUCUAAAAAAAAGUACCUAGCUUGCAGGCAGAUUAAACUAUGGAUCUUCAAGCUACAAAAAUAAAAUCGAAUAUUUCGAAACUUGUAGUUGGAGUUACUUCGAUCGUAUCACUAUUCGAAUUUUCCUUACUUCCGCAAUCAAACGAAAAUUCCAUCGACUUGACUCUAAUAUUUCAUCACAUUCAAUUCUUUUUCACUCUAGCGUUAGCCCUAAAAGUAUUUAGCAUCCCAUUUUUAUGUGAAAUUCUCGAAAUUGAGAAUGGAAAAAAUUCGGUAUCAUGGAUAAUUAGCUUAUUCGUAGUCCAAAAUGUAGUCGUUUUUUACAAGAUCCUUCAAAUCCUUUCCAUUUUUGGUAAUGAUCAAGCCACAUAUUUUGCAUAUUAUUAUGUCACACUCUUAAGCAGAUAUGUAUCCGUAGGAAUUUUAUUAUUGAAUGAACUAUACGGUGAAAGACUAGUUGAGGCUUAUCAGAAACUUGAGAUAAGAAAAUCAAUCGCACACGCAAUAAAAGUUAUAUCGCUUCUGAAGCCAUACUUUCUCCCGAAAAGUUAUAAGGCGAGAGUGUCGGCAGGAAUCUGUGUGCUUUUAGUACUCAUUGACCUCCCUGUGGACUUGCUCAAGCAAAUUUUGGACAAACAAAUCGUGGACUCGAUGACUUUCACCUCAUCUAGAACUAACAUCACCGACAAUGACACAAGCCACACAAAUGCCAAGCUCGAGCUGAAUAUGUCCAACUUUCGCUGGGAACUGCUCCUUCUCAUAGCCGUGUUAAAGUUGUCCUCAAGGUACGGGAUGACUCAUACUAUUCGCACCUACUUGUGGAGAAAUGUUGAAUCUGACUCUGAAGGCAGAUUGCAGGUCGAGAUUUACACCAAACUACAGCAUCAAAGUGUCCGAUGGCACUUGGAACAAGGGACAGGCGGUCGUCUCACCAAAUUGCAGUCGGCGUCUUCAUACUUUACCUACUUUUUGAAACAAAUGUUACUCAAAGUAAUUCCCGAGUGGUUGACCUUGUACGUCUCAAUAACCCACCUCACCGUUCGAUACCCAUGGAAGAUAACCUCCAUCGUCCUAGUCACCACGGGUUUCCUCGUGGUCGCCAAGUUUAUAAUGUCCACGUGGAAAACGAGCUUGGAAAAGAUAAACAAGAAGGAUUCCAAUGAAAAGAUGAAGAAAUCCGUGGAUGCCCUGCUCAACUAUGAGACCGUGAAAUACUUUUGCAAGGAGCGAUACGAAGUGGACAGGUUCAAGGAAGCAUUUCAGGAGUCGAAACUGCUCAAAUUUAAUUCUCACUUUGCCAAUACGAUGUCCUGGUUUUUGGAGAAUGUGGUUCGAAUGGUGGGUCAGACGGCAGCGAAAAUGUGGUGUUACUGGAUGGUACUGGGAGACUCGGAACUCACUCUGGGUGACUAUGUCAUGCUAGAAGCGUUCUUUUGGAGUACGUAUCAACCCUUCGACUCGAUGAGUUGGGUGUAUGAGUGGGGACAGAAAGUUAUAAUUAAUGCGGCCGACGUUGUGGAAUUAUUGGAACUCACCCCAGAAAUUUGCGAUGAUCCAAAUGCUCCUAAUUUAGAGGUCGCUGAGGGGGAGGUUAGAUUUGAAAAUGUGUCAUUUAGCUACGUGCCAGAGAGGGAAGUCCUGUCUGAGAUAAGCUUCAGGGUGGAAGCUGGGAAAACCAUGGCAUUAGUUGGUCCAACCGGCUCGGGCAAAUCGACCGUUAUGAAAUUGAUAUUUAGACUUUACAACUCGUCAUCUGGACGGAUUUUAAUUGAUAAUCAGGAUGUAACCAAAGUUACACAAGCUUCUCUACGGGGAGCAAUUGGAGUUGUUCCUCAAGAUUGUGUACUCUUCGAUGAUACGAUUACAAAUAAUAUCAAGUAUGGAAAGCCUACCGAUGAAAUGGAUCAAAUCACGGAAAAUGAUGUUCAACAUGCAGCAAAAUGUGCUUACAUCCAUGACGCAAUUUUAGAAUUUCCAGAUAAAUAUGACAGCAAGGUAGGAGAAAGGGGUUUGAAGCUCAGCGGCGGUGAGAAUCAGCGAAUAGCCAUUGCCAGAACUAUUCUGAAAAAUCCUCCAAUUCUCAUCCUCGACGAAGCCACAUCAGCCCUUGAUACAAAAACUGAACGAAAAAUUCAAUCCGUCCUCAAAAACAUUUGCAAAAAUCGGACGAGUCUGAUCGUGGCUCACAGACUGUCGACGAUAACGCAUGCCGACGAAAUUAUCGUUCUCAUGGGAGGGCGAAUAGUUGAGAGUGGAUCACAUGAAACUCUCCUGGCGAAAGGUGGGGAAUACGCGUCCAUGUGGAUGGAUCAGUUGGAGAAGAAAGACCAUGAAACAGCGAUUAGUUGAUCAAUGUGUGGCCAUCAUCAUGAAAUAAAUAUACAUUAAUUUUUGGAAACACGUUGAUUAAUAAACACGUUAAUAGUUAAUUACAAGUCA